CAUAUUCUUUCAAAUUCAUUCAUUCAUAUAUCUGUCAAUUAAUUUUUCAUGAAUUGCGGAUAACAUGUAAAUGUAUGUGAAAUAAUCACAUUUCUUAUGAGUAAUAUACAUUGCUUCUGUAUUUACCAUUUUAAGUAAUUUAAUACUGUACCCUUAAAACAUGGCUAGUAAUGAAGAAAUUACCGGGCCCAUUUCCCAGGAGGAUGUAGAGGCAGCGGAUAAAUUGAAAAACGAAGCGAAUGAAUACUUUAAAAAACAAAGUUACAAUAAUGCAAUCGAGCUGUAUACUAAAGCAAUAGAAAAGAACCCGAAGAAUGCUGUUUUCUUCGCUAAUAGAAGUAUAGCUAACUUGAGGCUGGAGAACUUUGGUUAUGCUCUAAGCGACGCGUCGAAGGCAAUAGAAUUGGACAGGUCUUACACGAAGGCGUAUUACAGGCGAGCUGCGGCUUAUAUGUCCCUAGGAAAGUACAAACUAGCGCUUAAGGAUUUUGAAUAUGUGACCAAAGUCAGGCCAAAUGACCAAGAUGCAAAAAUGAAGUACACUGAAUGCAAUAAGAUAGUUAAGAAGAUUGCUUUUGAAAAGGCCAUCUCCGUUGAUAAGAAGGAGGUCAAUAUAGCUGAUUCCAUCAAUUUAGAUGCCAUGACCAUUGAAGAUGAAUAUGUUGGUCCAGCACUCGAGGAUGGGAAAGUAACCCUCAAGUUUGUCACUGAACUGAUGGAGUUUUACAAACGACAGAAGAAACUACAUAAGAAAUAUGCUUACAAGAUACUGAUUGAUGUAAAAGCAUAUUUGCAAAAGCAGCCAUCUCUCGUUGAUAUCAAGGUUGCAGAUGAAGCCAAGUUUACAGUUUGUGGAGACAUCCAUGGCCAGUACUAUGACCUGAUGAACAUAUUCAAGUUGAAUGGUCUUCCAUCAGAGACCAACCCUUACCUGUUCAAUGGUGACUUUGUAGACCGAGGUUCCUUCAGUGUCGAAUGCAUUUUCACACUGUUCAGCUUUAAGUUGUUAUACCCUAACCACUUCUACAUGUCCAGAGGUAACCAUGAGACUUUAGAUAUGAACCGCAUGUAUGGGUUCCGAGGUGAGGUUUCAUCCAAGUACACCUCACAGAUGGCUGACCUUUUCACUGAGGUGUACAACUGGCUGCCCUUAGCUCACUGUAUCAAUAGCCGAGUAUUGGUGAUGCAUGGAGGUCUCUUCUCCAAGGAUGACAUCACGCUCGACGAUAUAAGGAAGGUGGAUAGGAAUAAGCAGCCGCCGGAAGACGGUAUAAUGUGUGAGCUGUUGUGGUCGGACCCUCAGCCGAUGUUAGGGCGCGCGCCGUCCAAGCGCGGCGUGGGCUGCCAGUUCGGGCCUGACGUCACUAACACGUUCCUGCAACGUAAUGGACUGGACUACGUGAUACGCAGCCACGAAGUCAAGAACGACGGCUAUGAAAUAGCUCAUGAUGGCAAAUGCAUUACUGUGUUUUCAGCGCCUAAUUACUGUGAUACAAUGGGUAACCUUGGUGCUUUUAUCACAAUGAAUGGCAAAGACUUGAAACCGAACUUUACUACUUAUGAAGCUGUGCCACAUCCGGAUGUGAAGCCGAUGGCGUACGCGAAUUCGUUCUUCAACAUGCUGUGCCAAUGAUCAGGUACCGCCGGUGUCGCCUGUUAGUAACUCGUCAACACCCGCAAACCAAACAUACGCGCGCUCCUCUAUUAGUUCAAGAUGACUAUAAGACUUAAUUUUUAAUACCAAACAAUAAUCUCAAAAUGCACUACACAGUAAAGUACUCAUUUUUCACUUAUAUGCUUAUCAUAUCUUAAAAUAACGCCAGUUUCGGUAAUUGCUGCGUUAAUACCAAAUGCGAAUGUUAAAUUUUUAUCUUUUUUGUUUAAUAAUAUGAGACUUGCCUCAUAUGAAUGGAGAGUGUUUGUGUGGCGCUAACGGGCCCUAAUAUCUGUUGCCCAAUCAAUGCUACAUUAUCACUAUCUCUUUCAUGUACUAAAAACACAAGAAAAGCAUAUUAUUUUAUGUUGUUAAGUUCUAUCAUUUGUCUACAAUUCGUCUCAAGUUCGUCAAAUUUGUUAAACACUACAUAGUGGCAUCACACUGGUUUCAAACCAUUGUUGUCAUAAAACGUCAAUUAUUUAGGAUCGGCAAAAUCUGAGUGAGAUGGAUACUAUAAGUACCUACCUAAUCUUUUAUACAAAGACAUUCGUUAGUCAUUAUUUAAACGUGACCCCGCACUAGGAUUUCCUUCUGCCGGUGCAUUUACAACGCAAAUGUUGCGUACUUAAGCAAAAAUUUGAUCUAUAAACUGUAUGAGUUUCCCAGCCACUGCGCUAACCGUGCAAGUCAAGCAAUAGGAAAUCAGUACUUAAAUUAUUUCAGAUAGGUACAAAGUAGGUAAACGUUAUUAAAAAUCAUGUCCGACUGCAACGGAAGAUAUACAUAGUUAAUGUUGUUGUUACCCUAAAAUCUGCUGUAUAAUUAUUAUCCUGGAUUACUUAAAAAAUUCGAGUUACUCACGUAAAUAUGCUAAAAAAAGCUCUAUUAGUUUCGAGUCACAGAGGGACUCUUCUGUCACGCGGCGACGAGUAGGCUGCGCUACGUCGUGAGUAACUCGUUAUUUUUUAAUUAAUUCAAUAUGUCUGACGAUAGUUAUAAUAAAAAUUAUUAUCCUAUUUCACAUUUAAGUUUCUUUUACUAGUAACUGGCGAAUAAUUUGAAUAUUUUCCAUUCGAAAUGUGUCAAAAUAUGCGUCUGCUAAGUUAAUAGUAACUUGAAUCAGUUAUUAGGAAACAAGUCGUUUAUCUUUAGAAUGUUACAAGUUGUUAAUAUGAUCUGUGUUCAAAUCUACUACAAUGACCUCGCUUUAUGAUUCCACUUCAUAUUUUAUACACUACUGAAGCGAUUUGAACGAAACUUUUUGUGUUUUAGCUCAAAUCGUGUCAGAUAGCAAGACACGUAGAAAGUGCAACCUAGAAAUAGAACUUGCAGAACUGUAAGGCUUUAAAAUGGAGGAGCGUUGGGUAAAAUAUCACAUAGGUAUUCUUCAAGACAAUACUAUAAAUAUGUAUUUUUGAGGAAAUAAGAAUAUGCCUGAAGGAUUUAUAAUUGUUUCUACAUAGUUUUUGUUGCGUAAACUUGUUUCCUCGAUCGUACGUGUAGCAUAGCAAUGCAAUAUCUUACGAGUGUUGCCAACUACUUGUACAUUAUACUCAUAAGUCUUAGUUGUAAACUUUAUUUUCACGCGCUGUUGUGACUAUUUCAUCGUAAGUGCAUGCGAAUAUUUAACGGUAAAUUACCAUGUGGUAUUUAUUGAUAUUUUCAUUACACAUGAAACUUGCCUCGCAAAAGCUAUCUUGAGACUUGCGACUUGUUGAGGUCAUUAUUGUAAUGGCUCGAAAACGUACAAUCCCAAGAAAAUAAAGAAAUUUAGUGCAUUGCACCGUUAAAUAUUCGUGUUUAGGGGCCUUUUCGCUAUCACCUAGUACCAUAGUGGCAAUAUUCAACUAAUUACUGAUCUAAGUCUCUUUUCAUCGAAAUACGUGUAUACUAGGUAAAGUUUAGGUCACAAUAAUCCCAAAAGAAUUAUGUGGAAACCUAGAUUUUGUGUUGUUAUUAUUUUAAACUUACUUUAAUUAUAUUUAAUCUCAAGAAUGUUAAUCUUAUAUUACAACAGCGCCAAUGAAUUUUGUUUUUAUUUUUUAAUAUUAUUUUCUGAAAAAUGGAAAUUUAUAUUUACCCAGCCAUUCACACAUCACUGAAUGAUGUCAAAGAUUUAAUAUUUAAUAAUGAAAAAUGUAUAUAUUUGAUACUUUUAACUAUAGACUUUAGCCGAACAACGUACCGACGUACAAGCUUUGCAUUUAGUUAAAAAUAUAUAACGUUCUAACAUUGAAUACGGACAUUCUUGGGCUAGAGAAUAAAAUC